AUGAAAAGAAUCACAGUACUAGUGUUGUGCCUCAUUGCCUCCCAUAGCUAUGGUUUCAACGGGGACAGCUUCGAAUUAGAAUGUCCCGAUGAGUGCGACUGUCAUUACUUCAGGAUCAACUGGGUGACCGACUGUUCGGAGAGCAAUCUAACUGAAAUCCCUUACGAUGAGCUCAGCUUAAGCGUUUACAUCCUCGAUUUAAAUGGGAAUAAUAUAACAAGUCUUCAGCCAUUCCCACGUGACAUUAAAAUGCGGAGACUGCAAAUAGCUAACAAUAGAUUAACGAGGAUCGAACGAGAUUCUUUUAAAGGUCUAGAUUACUUGAUAGAUAUCGAUCUCUCGGGUAACAAUAUUAGCUACAUCGAUCCCGAAGCUUUCUUGGAUUCCCAUGGUCUUCUCAAUGUGGAACUUCAGGACAACCCUCUGAACGAAGUUGAAGGUCCAUUCCUAAUGUCAAGCACUCUCCAAUAUCUGGAUAUAGGCAACUGCAACCUCUCUGUGAUCAAUACUCAAUUUUUUGACAAUAUCACCUCCAUUACCACCCUCGACCUUUCAAAUAAUCCUUUAAAAUCAUUAAAAGGUGAUGUUUUUGAUGUCUUAACUAGUCUCGAAACGUUAAGGUUAAAUGACUGUAAACUUAACAUGAUUUCUGAAAAUCUCUUUUCGUCAUUAGUAAACUUGAAGAACUUAGAGCUAGCUGGUAAUCAACUAUCCAAUAUAAACUGGCCUGAAGUGUUAGGGCCUCUAAUGAGACUAGAAUAUCUUAAUUUGAGAAAGUCACGUUUAACUGCUCUUUCUGAGGACACAUUUUCGAAUUGCACCAAUCUCGUCACACUUAUUUUAGCUGAAAAUGAACUACGUGAUUUAGAUGUCGGCAUUACGUUAGGCAAUAGCGUUAACCAUUUGGAGCAACUGGAUUUGUCAAAUUGCAAAAUACAAGGUCCAAUAUCGGGUGAUGCAUUUGCCAAUGCUACUAGAUUAAAAAGUCUUUACUUAUCUGGUAAUCCUUUAUUCGCACCUGAUCUUCGAGAAGCGUUAGCUCCACUUCCUAAAUUAGAAAAACUUUUCCUAAGUAACUGUGAACUGCGUAAUUUGCCAGAUAAUUUCAAUGUUUUCGAAAAUCUUCUCGAACUUGAUAUAUCUCACAACCCACUCGUAAAUGUAUUUACUAGAUUACUCGCACCCUUAGAGAAAUUAGAAUACCUUAACAUGGGCUAUAGCAAUUUGUCUUAUGUUGGGCCGGAAACAUUUGCCCAUAUGACGUCACUAAAGAAAUUAAUACUUUCCGGUAAUGACCUGUUAUCAUUAGAGGCUGGCCUGUUCGGUAAUCUUACGCAACUGACUACCUUAGAAUUAGAAUUAUGUGGCCUCAAACGACCUUUAAAUGCAAAUGCCUUUUUUAAAAAUCUUACUUAUACAGAUUUAAGGGAAAUCAGACUUGGUGGAAAUCCACUAGUUAUACCCGCCUCGGGGCCCCUCUUUCCCAAGCAGCUAUCUCAAGUAACUGUAUUAGAUUUAAGCAAAUGUAAUAUAACUUCACUGAAUCCAGAUGCUUUUAAAAAUACUGAAAAUUUAACAGAACUAAAUUUAGGGGGCAAUAGAAUAAAGUCAGAAGAAGGAAGCUUGGCCUUUUUAGAAAUACUGCCAUCAUUAGAAAAAAUAAACCUCAGCAAUAAUAAUUUAACAACGAUAGAUCCUCAAUUAUUUGUUAACAAUCCAAAACUGCACUCAAUAAAUUUGAUAGGCAACCCAUUCAUCUGUGACUGUAAGAUUGCUGAAAUGUGGGACUGGGCUAAUAUGAUCAAAGGGGACCUAGAUGUUCUGAUAGGAGCUAAGAGCGCUGAGAAAGAUAUUAUAGUGAAAGGUAACAAAAAGAAGAAAAACUUGUACUGUCGCUACAAUGAAGCUCAACUACGUAACAUGACACUUAUUUCAAAUAAAACAGUACCAGGUAGACGUCCGUUCGUGAAACCUCGAGAGCUGACCUACGCAAACAGGACUUGGGCAAAAUAUGUGAGAGAAUCCGGAUGCGAGCCUGUAGUUAAAAUACUAAGACCAGUGGCAUUAGUAGCAGAAUUUUUCGAUGAAAAGCGCAGCAUGCCAUUGGCCGCUUUAAUAUUGGCUAUUGUAGCUUUAGUUCUUGGAUUGGCCACGAUUGUAAUGACACUGCGCUUGUUCCAAAAGAGGAAGAUAUCUGAUAUUGUCCAUACAGAAAAUAAUAGAAAGCAGAGA